AUGGCCCUAAAAGGAGCUGAAGUCGCUGAGCAUAACAGCGCCAAGUCGUGCUGGGUCAUUGUCCAUGGCAAGGCAUAUGACGUAACAGACUUUCUCCCCGACCACCCCGGAGGUUCCAAGAUUAUUCUCCGAUAUGCCGGCAAAGACGCAACCGAUGAAUUUGACCCUGUUCACCCUCCCGACACACUCGAGAAAUAUCUCGACAAGUCCAAACAUCUAGGUCCCGUUGACAUGUCAACAGUGGAGGAAGAAGAGAAGGAGGAAGACCCAGAUGAGGCCGAACGAUUGGAACGUCUCUCUCAAAAGCCACUCCUUUCGCAAUGCUAUAAUCUACUCGACUUUGAGGCCGUGGCACGACGCGUUAUGAAGAAGACGGCCUGGGGUUAUUACUCUAGUGGUGCUGAUGAUGAGAUUACGAUGCGAGAGAAUCACAGCGCUUUCCAUCGCGUCUGGUUCCGCCCUCGAGUUCUGGUUGAUGUCGAACACGUCGACUUUUCUACCACGAUGUUGGGAACGAAAUGCUCGAUCCCUUUCUACGUCACUGCCACAGCCCUUGGCAAGCUCGGCCAUCCUGAAGGCGAAGUCAUCUUGACCCGGGCCGCACACAAACACGACGUAAUUCAGAUGAUUCCCACGCUUGCCUCUUGCUCACUAGACGAAAUCCUCGAUGCGCAGCAAGGAGCUCAGGUUCAAUGGCUGCAGCUUUACGUCAACAAGGAUCGAGAAAUCACAAGGAAAAUCAUUCAACAUGCCGAAAAGAGAGGCUGCAAAGGUCUUUUUAUCACAGUCGACGCGCCGCAGCUAGGCAGGCGAGAGAAGGAUAUGAGAAGCAAAUUCACUGAUCCCGGCAGCGAUGUUCAAAGUGGGCACGAAACCGACAACAGUCAAGGUGCCGCCAGGGCUAUCUCAAGCUUCAUCGAUCCGGCUCUCUCGUGGAAGGAUAUUCCUUGGUUUCAAAGCAUUACAUCAAUGCCCAUUGUUCUCAAGGGUGUGCAACGCGUCGAAGAUGCUGUCAAGGCUGCUGAGAUGGGCGUUCAAGGCAUUGUUCUUUCCAACCAUGGUGGUCGACAAUUAGACACUGCGCCAUCAGCUAUUGAAGUUCUGGCUGAGACGAUGCCGGUUCUGCGUGAGCAGGGGCUUGACUCGAAAAUGGAGGUUUUCAUCGAUGGAGGUAUCCGACGAAGCACCGAUAUCAUCAAGGCCUUGUGUCUCGGUGCAAAGGGCGUGGGUAUCGGUCGCCCGUUCCUGUAUGCCAUGAGCUCUUAUGGCCAAGAAGGCGUAGAGAGGGCUAUGCAGCUACUCAAGGACGAGAUGGAGAUGAACAUGAGGUUGAUAGGAUGCGCAAAGGUUGAGGAUCUCAACCCAAGCCUUGUGGACUGCCGGGCUUUGUCAUCGCACGCAGGUGGUGUCCCGGCUGACAACUUGUCGUCGGCUGUGUAUGACCCGUUGGCUGUGCCAUCUCAGAGGCCCAAGGCUAAACUAUAG